AUGUUCAUUAGAUCUUUUCUUUCAAAAACAAAUUCGAAUGGUCAAUUAAUUAUUUCAAUUCGAACAUUUAAACGUUUUGGUGAAUAUGUUAAAAGUUAUGGUCAUGAACCCAAAUAUUAUCAAGGAGGUUAUCUUCCACGAACAGCUCAUUUAAAAGAUCCACCUAAUUAUUUACCACCAUUUAUUGAUCCACAUGAAUGGACUUUAGAAGCAGCUACUUUUGGACAGAAUGAUUAUAUUGAUAUUCUCGGUGAUGAAAAUGUUGAACAUUGGCAAUUAGUUCGUAAUGCUCCAUUUUGGUUACGUGGUUUUCAAGGUAAUGAAUUACAACAUUUAUUACGUCGAUUAAAAUUUCAAGGUAAAUAUUUGGAAGAAAAUCAACCACAACGUUAUUCAGAUUUAAUAACACGUAUACGUUAUCUUAUGUUUAAAAUUAAUUUUAAACAUUAUAAACGUCCAUGGCUUAUACGUCCAACUGUUGGUCCAAAUGAACCUCUACCAGACUAUUAUGAUCCACGUUCUAGUUAA